CCCAGAGCGCCGCUGGUUUUGGUGAGAUGGAAGCACCCGCUUCAUCCUAUGAAAAGACGAAGCCCACGGAGGCAGCAUCCAGCGGGGCAGGGAGCCUGCGGCAGCGCUUUGAGAACAUGGCGAAGACGGCCGAGGAAGACAACCAGAGAAGGGCCGAGGAAGAGCGAGCACGACGCCAGGCCAAGGAGCACCAGGAGCGCCAGGCGGCCAAAGAGCAACAGAAGAAGGAGGAAAAUGAAGAAAAGCACUUCGAGGCGAUCCAGAGGAACGAAGAACCGAGACAUGAAGACCCAGCCCCAAAACUGCCACCGGGACCUGUGAGAAUUGGCCGAGAGGCCAGCUUGCCCCCUUUGCCUCCGACCCAUCAGCUUGAUGGGCCUGAAACUGAACCCUCUUGUGAGCCUGAAAUGUUCCCUGAUGAAGAGGAUGAUGGGAUUCAGUUUUCUGGGCCUGCUUCUAUGCCUUUCUCUGGGCCUCUUGCAGGCAGUGCACCGGAGGAGUCGCCAAGUCAGUUCUCAUGGGAAAAGAAUGCCAGCAAGUUAGAUAACAACCAGGUGCAGAGGCCUUCUCUUUCACAGCCGUCUCACGCUGAUAGAGAAGAGAGCUUGGAUAGUGAUUUAAUGAGCAGGCAGGAACGUUUAGAUUGGCGGGUCAGGAGGAGUUCACGGAUACCCAGCAAGAAAGAAGCUAGCGUUUCCUGUCUGUCCCGACAGCUCUCCGAAGCACAUACCUGCCCCUUCUGUCGCCGGAAAAUCUGUGGCCACGUGGACAUCGUCAUUGACCCCUUCACGUUUGAGGAGAAGGCCCCCGUGGCGGAGGAAGAGGAGGGUGAUGAAGGGGACUUGGAAGACAUCGAGGCCGUGCUGAAGGAGCUGGUGGCCGCCAGGCAAGCCAAAGAGAUAGCCGCAAACACCGUUUCUGCCACCUGCCCUGAUCCUGGGUUCGAAUUACCUCCAGUUCCCCCUCGGACGAAUCUUCCGCGGCAGAAGGAGAUGCCUUUGCCCAACCCAGACUAUCAGAGUGACCCUUCUUCCGACUGGAUCCGGAGUCGUCCUUUGCCAAGGCUUCCGCCAGAUGGUCCAUCGACAUCGGUCCCUUGGGAUGCCCCAGGACCGUCCCCGCUUUUGGGGGCUCAACAGGAACCCCAAAACCUGAGCCGAUGAGAGACGGACAGGUGAGACGGACAGGGGAAGGGUCCCUUUUUCCAAUCCAUUGAUGAAUCAUUGAAUCAAUAUGGACGAAAGAAGUGUUAUGCCAUCCAUAUUGGACAUCCACACAUUUGCCGAACUGGACUGACGUUUGGAAAUGGAGUAUUGGUUUAUUCAGGACUAAGCUUCCCGUAUCGACAAAGGGAACGAAACGAUAAUCGUCUCCAUUCCUCCCAUAACAUCGUUUCCUGUGCACCUUUAUCUCGCCGUCUCUUGUUUCUUUAUCUCUCCGUCUCCAGACUUCUGGAUAAUGAAGGAUUUGGGGAAAACCGAGGAAAGACCGAAAUCCCUUCCAAGGAAUCCUGUGGAAUAUGAAGGACUUCCAGCCCAAGAGUCAUGUUGGAAGACCUUGAAAGGGCUUAGGUUGUCGGAAGAACCACACCGCAAGGAAGGCAUGCAUGUUGCAAGCAUAGUUUUUAGGAAAUGCAUGCAUUGCAAGGGCCGCAUGGGUUUUGCAAUUGGGAUCACACCAACAUCCAUGUCAUUGCCGUGAAGUAGAGUUCCUCUCCAGGUGGCAUGUGCCGUCAUGAUUUCACUGUCCGCAUUUUCACAUUUUUGUGCAAAAUAAGAAAUAUUAUUAUUAUUUUCUAGAGUAUAACAACUACUUUUAAAGUAAGCACCACACUAUUAAAAAGGAAAUAACACUUUCAA